AUGCUUUACGGCAUUGCCACUACAAUGCGUCUACUGUACAUGCUAGUUGUCAUGUAUUUCAAUACAAACCUGUUCAUCGCUGUGGUACUAUCCCUGGUACUAUCGCAAUUCAUCAUUGAAAUCAUAAAACUCAAAAAGCAGCUCAACCAUGGCAACGGAUACAGUGAUCUGCGAAGCAGCAAUGAACACUUGAUUAUACCAAAAAUUGUCAUUAACGAUGAAUAA